GCAACUCACUCGAAUUCACUGUCCUCCAUCUUGGAAGUUGCCAAGCGACCCUCUCGAAUUGGAGGCGCUGUUUUUAGCCCCAACAUUUAGCCGCAGCACGCCUUUGAACCCCGUGGUGGAGGCAGGUCCGACAGGGAUUUCUGUGUAUGAUCGCUAAGAAGCGAACCACCAGGACAACUUGCAGCCGCGGCGUCACGUGUCGCAAGUGACCGACCAGAAGACGCUGAAAUCCGGAGAGAUUCCCUGUCAUGGACCGCACGGCCUCACUGGACCACUACAAGGCUGCGAUGGUUCUGAGCGGUGCAGGCGAUGCUCUGGGCUACAGGAACCAGCUGUGGGAGUACAAUCAAUCUGGACCUGCCAUUCACCAGGAGCUGCAGCAGCUGGGAGGUCUGAAGAACAUCAAAGUUGAACUUCCUGACUGGCCAGUGAGCGAUGACACCGUUCUGCAUCUGGCCACAGCAGAAGGACUGGCCACAGGAAAGGCUGGUGAGGAUUUGUUACAUGAAGUGGCGGCUCGCUAUGUCGAAGCAAUGAAGGACAUGGAGGGAAGGAAACCAGGACCUUCAAGUAUCCUUGGAGUUUCCCAGCUGAGACCUGGAGAGGAGGGAGGCUUCAGAGUUCCCUACAACCCUGAAGGCACAGGCUGUGGAGCAGCAAUGAGGUCAAUGUGCAUCGGCCUGAGGUAUCCAAAGCCUGACCAGCUGUUGUCACUGGUGGCGGUUGCCGUGGAGACGGGCAGGAUGACACACCCUCACCCGACUGGGUUCCUCGGCGCAGUAGCCGCAGCACUUUUCACUGCGUACGCGGUGCAACGUCGGCCAAUGACCACCUGGGGCCUGGGCCUGAUCAACGAGGCGUGUCCGAUAGCAAGGAGCUUCGUUCAGGGUCGAGGCUUCGCUGUAGAGGAGACAGAGAGAGACUGGAACUUCUUCUGUGACAAGUGGCAGUGGUACCUGGAUUCCAGAGGCAUCUCUAAUGGAGUGGGCCCAGUGUCAUGGCCAGAGUCCUACGGUCCAGCAGAGAGAGACGACGUUUACAAAAGCUUUAGUCUGUCCGGUUGGGCGGGACGCAGUGGCCAUGACGCUCCCAUGAUCGCUCUGGAUGCUCUGCUGGGGGCUGGAUCAGACUGGGAGGAGCUGAUGAGCCGAGCUGCUUUCCAUGGAGGUGACAGUGACAGCACUGCUGUGAUCGCCGCCUGCUGCUGGGGGCUUCUCUAUGGCACAAAGGGCGUACCUGAAGGAAACUUCUCCAGUCUGGAGUACCGGGAGAGACUGGAGCGCUGUGCGGAGCAGCUGUAUGUCCUGUCACACUGACUGGCUGGUGUCCAGCCUCACAGGGGCCAAACAAGGCCACACGCUCAGAGCCAGUGACGUGUUUGUUUGAUGCCUCAGUAGAACAUCGAUCCUGAGUGGUGAUGUCAGCGUGCCCCACUGACCUCAGAGGUUAGUCAUGGAGUUCACUUAGUCAGCUAUUUCCAUUGCUCCCUCUAGUGACCAGACAGAAGCAUAACGCGGUGCACGAGAGGAAACUUCAUGAAGGAUGUUGAUUUUAGUAUAUAACGGGAUAAAAAAAGAUUUUAAAUAAUUAAAUCUUCUUCUGAAAAGUGCUCUUAGACAUAUAUUGGUGAUA